UCGGGUUUCCGGUCCGGAUUAGACGGCUCGGUGUCUGAAUCGUGUCCAUUUGGUCCAAAAUUCAGAGACGGACUCACGGAGGGCGCAACAAGCGGCUCACGGCGUUUCCUGCAGUCUGUCCUCCGAUCCUUUUCCCACAGCUGCACACCCGCGCCCCGGUUCGGCUCGGCUCGGCUUGGCUCGGCUCCUCUUCGUCAGGCUGACGCUCGGCGGUGAAAAUGUCCAAAGCUCAGAUGCUGCGGGCGCUGGUGAAGCAGCGGCUGGACGCGGCCGCAGAGGAGAUCUUCGCCCUGUUUGAAAGGACGAUGGAGGAGUACGAGGCGGAGAUCCGGCGGCAGGGGGCGAAGCAGCGGGGCGGAGAGCCUGCGGAGAGCCGGGAGGUCUCGCACGUGUCUCCUGUAAGUAUCACAAAGAUUCCAGUGGACAAAGUAGCCCCACCCGAGCCACAGGAGCUUAGGAGCCCCGGUCUGCACCAGGAGGACCCCAAACCACCACAAGUCAAAGAUGAGGGUGACCAACUCUGGACGGGUCCGGUCCAGGAGGAUCUCACAAUCAUUCCUGUCACUGUGAAGGUUGAAGAAGAGGUUGAAGAGAGCGCUCAGACCCCCGAACUUCUUCAAACCUGCAGUGAGGACAGCAGCUCUCAGUUAAUGGUACAAGCUGGUGGAGAGGAUCGAGGAGGACUGGAACCAGCCAGAAACCUCAAACCACAGCCCGUUAAGCCCACCUCUGACACCGGAGCCCUGAAGGACGUUUCGAAGCAGAGUGGGAGACUGCAGUCAGAGGACCCUGUGAGCGAUGCAGGAAGUAAUUUAGCCAAAAAACCUUACAGCUGCUCUGAGUGUGGCAAAAGAUUUGGAGGCAAGAACCACCUGCAGAGCCACAUGAAAAGCCACACGGGGGAGAAAACGUGCCCCUUCUGCGGGAAAAAAAUCUCCAAGAGCUCAAACUUCACCACACAUCUGCGAGUGCACACCGGAGAAAAGCCCUUCACCUGCUCGGUGUGCAACACGAGCUUCAGCCUGCGCAACACGCUGGUCAACCACAUGAGGGUGCACACGGGCGAGAAACCGUUCAGCUGCUCGGUCUGCGCCAAGAAGUUCACCAACAAGGCCAACGUGAUCACACACAUGGCCGUCCACUCGGAGGAGAAGCCCUUUAAGUGCAACGUGUGCGACAAAAGAUUCACGUGGCAUUCGCAGGUCAAAAAGCACAAGUGUGUCGCUGAAAGCAGCAAAUCCUGAGCGCCGCGAGGGCGGGAGGCUCACCUGUGGGAGGAGACGGGAAACUCCGUCAGGUCCUGGGACAUGAAGUCGGAGGUUAAACCACAGAUGGUUCACUCAGACUGCUGCAGAAGACUUUUCUGCACCGACAGUGAAAUCACAACUUUAUUAAGCCAUCAGGAGCUCCGCGUUUUCCUCUGUGUCACCUGCGUUUACGUCCUUGUCAAUAAAUACUGAGGAUGUGAGUGACUAUACGACUAAUCGUUGCUUUUGUCACUAGUCGGUACCAAUUAGUUAGCCUAAUUAAGAUUUUAAUUGAUGCCCGGUGCCGUAAUUGUUUGUCCUAAAUACUAUACUGUUAUCUGCCACCAGAUGGAGCUGCAGCCCUGACAUUGUUACAGAAAAAUGCCAUAAUUGUUAAACUUGGCCUGAUAUUUUCAUUAGUUCUAAUAUUGUUAGUUGUAAAACUUCAAAAAUAACUAAGUGCACCUCCCGGAAAACACCUUCAUUUGCGGCCACUUCCCCCAAGUUUAAGAAAAAAAAGCUAGAGGGACAGAUGUGUUUGCACCUUAAAAUAAAAACUGACCACAGCAAAGAGUAGGACUGGGAGGGGAAAGUCCCUGCACAGGUAUAAACACCAGUAACAUCGACCACUUAAGGAGGUUAUGUCGUAGCUCUGCAAAGACCCAGCACUGAAUUCGGGUUAGCUGCUGGGGGAGGGGGAGGUCUGGGCUCCACUGCUCAGGAUGUGGCCCCCGUGAGCCGGCCCCAGAUAAGUGGAAGAAAGUGGAUGGAUGUUUGUAUUAUUAUCAUUUUAGAUUUUAACUUUUAUUGAGAUGCGUGUCAUGAAUUGUAGAACGAGCGUCGUUCAUAAUGCGCCACACUUUAAAGUUGCAAUUUAUUCAUUUUUUUCAGAUGUUCAUUUCUCAUAAACAUAAACAUCGUUUACAGUAACGUGUUUUCAUAUAUUUAAUAUGAAUUUGUUUUUUUCUUCACUGUGUCUGGAGGAUAACGUGCAGGGUUCAUAAUGCGCACAGUUACACAGCAUUUAAGGUCAGCAUAGAAGAACGAGGUUAAUGGUUCCAGUUUGUGUGGACAGUUUUUGACAUUGUCCAUUAAACAGUCCUAAAAUGUAACCUCAGUUUCAGACAAGUUGGUUAGUCUUAAUUUUUUCUUUGUUUAGUCGACUAAGAAAUUAAUCACCAAGAACAUCUCUAAUAAAUACCAAAUUAUGCUGUAAAUGCUUUAAAUUAGGCUGUUGCAGCGUAACACACCCCCGGUACGUGCUGUGACUUGUUUUAGCAACAUCUGACCGUCAGGGCGGCUGAUAGUGGACAUCCCACCUGCUGAUCUGCUGACUCCAGCAGGUGACGGCGCAGCGUCCUCCAUCAUUCAGCUGUCUCUCUGGAAGGACUUCUUCAGAACUGGAGGCCCCUCGAGCCACGCACUGAGAGGCAGCUGACGGAUGUGUUAGUGAUGCAGUGUAUAUACAGUAUUAGUGAUUAGUUCAAGGUGAACCGACUGACCUGCUCCUGACAUUCACAGUGAGGCCCUGACUGGAAUAUAGAACCAGGAGUGCCAGACCACUGAGGGCUUCAUGCUGGGCUGUGCGGCUCCUGCUGGCCGUCCCUGUGUGGGAGACAUCAGCUGCAGAGAUGGAGCUAAGCAGGACUCACCUGAGAAUCUGCAUGAAGACAAAAGCUGCAGAUGCUCCUGCGUCCUGCAGGCUGAGCUCCAUGUGCCGGCUGUUUUCCACAGGCCUGAUCGGUCACUCAGUGAAGCUUUUGUUUGUGCUGCUGUUUUAUCAGAGUCACAGUUUUUACCUUCAUGACCCUGAAAAGUUCCAUGAUUUUUAUUAUUACUGUACUUAUGAGAAGGCGGACAUCUUUCCAGCCAGUGCUGCAGUACUGGGUCGCUGGACUGUGGAGGCAGACAGCAGAGCGGAGGGCUUGUGUGGACUCCUGGGCUCAGACAGCAGUGAGUGGUGUGGAAAGAGAAGCUUUGGAUGAAGUUAUUAGUUCACCACUCGAUUAAUGCAGUUUUAUGGGAUGUCCAUUAACUGCACGUCUUCCUCUUUGUGAGAUAAAUAUGCAACAGUAACGCAGGGACACAGUUUGGGUCAGUCGUGCUGCUCCGUCGCUGACGGUGGUCACAGCUUGUUGCUCAUCAGCACUUAUGUUUCAGGCACCUCGGUGUGAGAAACGCUGUCUUUUAGUUUGGGUCUGUUUGGUGUGAGCGCAGUGUCACUGAUGUCCACUGGAUGGCAGCACUCUGGUUGGUUUUCCAGCUGUUUCUCUACUUCCCCAAACACUUUCUGACCUUUUAAAAUGUGUUUUAAUAAAAGAGCAUAAAACACUGAA